ACUCUCCAAUCCAGCCGCAGUCAAAACGAAUUUGACGACGGGCCUUGUGAGACGCGUCGCCCUCGCAGUGCAGCGCAACGCCGCCUGCUCGGGUGUCAGGCGAGUUUGUUAGCUCGCUGUAAUGCUAGCUAGGAGCGAGCUAACUUCGCUGGUAAAGUUAGCUAUUGUCAAAACACAAUGGUGCUCGCAAGUUAGAGGACGUUGCUGUUACGCGUUGACGGCCGGACGUGUGUCCGUGUUUCGAUAAAAGAUGGCGUUGGGUUGUGAUUGUUUUGGUCGGAGCGAGGAGCUGAGCCGACUUCAAAUCACUCCCAUGUGAAAAUGUGAAUCUUUGAAGAGCUUGUUUCUGCGAGUUUCUCUCCGACGCCCCUGGUCAACGAUUCAAAGCAACUGAAUCAACUGACAGAAGGCGACUUUCCUUUGACGAUCAUCAUCAUCAUCAUCAUCAUCGCCACCACCACUAUCCUCAUCAUCUCAGGGACGACAGAUACAGGGAGCAGGAGUGGGGUUAUCAGAUCCCCCUUUUUAUCAUCAGAUCACUGGGUCAUUGGAACACACCACUAAUGUCAGCACAGAGUAUGGAGACAACAAGUGUGACCAACGGAGCGGGGCCUGUGCAUGGAGUGAAAGAUGACGACCUCAGUCCUGAAGAUCUGUCUGAGAUGCUGGCAGCGGGGACCAAAGAGGUUCAUGAAAAGGCUGAGAACACCCAGUUUGUGAAGGAUUUUCUCAGGGGACGCAUCCGCAAAGAGCUCUUCAAGCUUGGUGCCCUCGCACUCUACUACACUUACACGGCCAUGGAGGAGGAGAUUGAAAGGAACAAGGAUCACCCCCACUUUGCGCCUCUGUAUUUUCCUGCAGAGCUGCACCGCCACCAAGCUCUGGCCCGUGACCUUGAGUAUUUUUACGGCCCAGAAUGGCAGAGCCAGCUCAGCUGCUCCAAGGCCACUCAGCGCUAUGUGGACCGGAUCCACCAAGUGGGGCGAGAGGACCCGGUGCUGCUGGUGGCCCACGCCUACACCCGUUACAUGGGGGACCUCUCUGGGGGCCAGGUGCUGAAGAAGGUGGCGCAGAGAGCCUUGAAACUUCCUCCCACAGGAGAGGGGCUGGAGUUUUAUCAGUUUGAUGCCAUUCAUAGUGCCAAAGCUUUUAAACAGCUGUACCGCAGUCGGAUGAACGAGCUGGAACUAGACGUGGAAACAAAGAAGAGGCUCGUAGGCGAGGCUGUGAAAGCCUUCCAGUUCAACAUGGAGGUGUUUGAUGAGUUGGAAGAGAUCGGUAAAACCAUCCAGGAGGAUGUUUUAGAUGCUGGCAUGCCCGUCCAUGGAGCAAUGGGUGGUGACAUCAGCAAAUGCCCCUACUAUACUGCCAAAAUGGGGGCGUCGGUUGGAACGACAUACGCCUGUCAACUCUUCAUGGCUGUGCUCAGACACCCAACAGGACAAGUUCUGUUUGCUACUUGGUUUGCUGCUCUGGCUGGAUUGGCUGCAUGGUAUCUGAUGUGAUCCGGCCUUCAGCCUGUCAUUUUGCUGCUGUGAGAGAGUGAGAGAGAGAGAGUGAGAGAGAGAGUGAGUGAGAGAGUGAGUGAGAGUGAGAGAGAGAGAGAGAGAGUGAGAGAGAGAGAGAGAGAGAGAGAGAGAGAGAGAGAGAGAGAGAGAGUGAGUGAGUGAGACUCAUAGAAGGAUGGACAGUAAGGAGAUGUAGACCAUUUCAGAUUUUCAUACAAGCAUUCUUUAUGGGUCCAGGGUUUAUUUAAUGUUGCACAUUGCAAAUGACGUAAGCUGACGGGAAGUAUACAGUCAGGUCCAUAAGUAUUUACCUCUGCACACCGCCACAAUGGAUUUGAAAUGAAGUAGUCAAGAUGUGAUCGAAGUGUAAACUUUAUUUAAGGCGUCUUUAACAAAAUAAUUGCAUCUAUUGGAAAUUACAGCCAUUUUUACAAAUAGACUCCCAUUUUCAGAGGCUCAUAAGUGAUUGGAAACACCACUGACAAGCAGUUUCAUGGCCAGGUUUGGCCUAUUCCCUUGUGACUCCGUGACAUGUUAACCAGAUUAAAGAAGAAAUGGGAUAUUCUUCAGCGGCCAUUUCAAUCAAUCAAUGUUUUUCAGUUACUGCAGACAAAACCGAAGGCAGAAAGUCCGGAAAAAAAGGCAGCAACUGAAGGCAGCCGAAGUAAAGCCUUGCAAAGCAUCUUGAAUUAAAGCUAAAAGUCUACACUUCAAUCACAUCUUGAUUGUUUCAUUUCAAAUCCAUUGUGGUUUGUGUACAGAGGUGAAAUUACAAAAACCAUCGAUCUGACUGUAUUUCUUAUUAAAUUAAUUUCCAGCGAGAUGAUUUAUUAGACCAUUAGCACGUCAUCUCCAUCCAUCCAUCCAUCGAGCUGCGCCUCGUUACAAUUUCUCCUCCACUUAGUUUUGUUUCUCUACCUCCUUUUCGACUAUCCCUCCAUUUUGUGUCAAGGUCUGGUCAGCCUGUCUGGUCGUACCUCAACACGUUUUGUGGCCAUUUCUUGAUUUUGUUACAAAAACGUAAUUCUAAUAAUUUGAUUUGAAAUUCAAUUUUCUCCCAAUUUUUAAAUUCAAUUUGCAAACUGACGGAGCUUGAUGGCUUUUUUUUGAUGCGGCCCAUUUACAAACUCUUAACUAGUUAUAAAGUUGACAAUGAUAGAUGCAUUAUCAAAAUGUAGUAGUGGUUACCUUAGUGAAAACAUGUUUAAACGUACUAUGCAGAGGAUAUGCAUAGAAGAGCACAAUAGACUGUGUUGAUUUCUAAUAAGGCAUUUCUGUUUAUCUCAAGAUUGAAAUUUUAGUAGUUUGGUUAUAAUGGAACAGUGGUUAAGUUUUAUGUGAACCUUGACAGUGUCUCCAUAUACUGUAUUUUAUUUUUAUUUUUUUACCUCUACACAUUGCUGUAUCAAGCAUAAUGUUAGAAGAAAGAAAAUGUUCUUUUUGAUACCCAUAGUCACCUUUCAGAAUUCAUACAUGGCCUCCAGACAGCUUGUACAUGUGUGCUGUGACAGGUGAUAGGAAAAGCUUUUUCCCCCGCCAAGAUAUAGCACACCUACACUUUGACAAGUGUAUGAUUAAUAAUAUUUUAGUUCUUUGAAUGUCUGCUGAUGCAUGUUGAAAUGUAUAAAUUCUGUUUCAGAAUUAUGCGACACAUUGAUGAUUCAGUUUGACCUGCCGCAUGUACCUAUAUUAAGGAUAUUAACGGAGACAAUUGCAUCUGUUUUAGACAGAUUUCAUUUUAAAAAAAUAGUAUUAACGGUUUAUCUACAUUCUUGUGAUAGACGUGUACUUCAUCUAUAUGGGGGCUAGAUAUGUUAGAGGCACUGCUUUACAGAGUUCAUAUGUUAUGGAUAUACCAGUAUCCACCAUCACUCAAACUACACAUUAUGCAUACCGUAUGCUGCUUAUACUGUAGUGCAAGACGGGAAAUCCUUUUUCAACAUUGACAAGAGAAAAACAUAUUUUUGUGCUGUUUACUUUAUGCAGUUUGAUGGAGUUUAAUGUUCACCCUGACACAGUGAUGAUAUUUUGUUGACUUUGAUUUCUCUUUUCAACAUUUUUCUUGAGUACCAAAGGAAAUCUGCUGAUAUGUACAUGUAGACCUGGUUGCUGUGCCGCGUGUAUUGCUCAGCACAUUUGCAUUUACUGCAUAUGGAUUAUGCAGUAUUCCUUAUUAGUAUUACUCCUAUUAGCAAAGCUCAUCCAGGACAACAACUAGGUGUUUUACCUGAUCGGUCACAGCCAUGAAAAAAAGUGAUGAUGAUGAUGAUGAUGAUGUGCUAUGUAUUAUAGAGUCUCAGGUUCAUGUUGUAAAAAGAUGGCAAUACAAUGCAUUGUAUAUUGAGGUCUAACAUAGACCGCCUGAUAUACAGAACUCCU